AUGGCUUCCAACAUCAACACUGCCGCCUUCGACGCGCAGAACGCCAACACCUACCAGAACCCUACAACUACCCAGACAACGACUACCCAACAGACUACGACCACUGGUCAGAUUCCGGAGACGCACCAUACCCCCAGGGCCGCUGCAAGCACCAUCGGUGGCGGUGACGCGCCGACGACGCGCGGUGGGGGUAUCGGUCAGCAAAUCAAGGGGGCCUUUGCUCAAGGACAUGGCGUUGGAGAAGUCAUCCGUGGCAAGUUCAAUUCGGCAGUGGACACCGCGGCCGGUGACCCGCAGGGUCAGGCGAAGAACAAGAACAUCGCCACAGGCGGAGAGAGGGAGUUUGCAACCAAGGAUUUCGUGAAGAAGGGGACUCUGGACAAAGCAUUGUAA